AUGGCUAUGUCGUCUGCACAGGAUGACCUCAAAACCAGGUCAUCUCUUCCUUACUGGAACUCUUCUCUGCCUGUGGAAAGCAGAGUAGACGAUCUUUUAGGACGUAUGACUCUAGAGGAGAAGGCGGGCGUGAUGUUUCAUGACAUUCUUGCAAUGAGCUCAGGUGGGGCACUUGCGACUGAUGUGCCCAAACUGAAUCGCGACGGCGUCGAAAACGUGAUUUGUGAAAAGACGAUGAACCAUUUCAAUCUGCUGGGAAGCAUCGACGAUGCACGUACCAUGGCGGAGUGGCACAACGAAAUCCAGAUCUUGGCCCAGGAGACACGUCUUGGUAUACCAAUAACACUCAGUAGCGACCCACGAAAUCAUUUCACCAACAACAUCGGAACCGGGUUCCAAGCCGGAAAGUUCUCGCAAUGGCCGGAACCAUUGGGCCUAGCUGCUCUGAGGUCAUCGGCUCUCGUGGAGCGAUUCGCGGAUAUCAUCCGUCGCGAGUAUCUUGCGGUGGGAUUGCGACUAGCUCUUCACCCUCAGGUUGAUCUAGCGACGGAACCACGGUGGUCCCGCAUUGGUGGUGUAUUCGGCGAGGAUGCAGAGCUCUCAAGUGAGCUAGCCGUGGCUUACAUCCGAGGUCUUCAGGGCCCCGGACCCCUCGGUCCUUCCUCGGUAUCGGCCAUGACAAAACACUUCCCCGGUGGUGGCCCACAACUGGACGGAGAAGACCCUCAUUUUUCCUACGGUCGUGAACAGAUAUACCCUGGCGACAAUUGGGAGUACCAUCUCAGACCUUUCAAAGCCGCGAUUGACGCAGGGACGGCGCAAAUAAUGCCAUCUUAUGGCAUGCCGAUUGGUACAAAGUACGAUGAGGUUGGCUUUGCUUUCAAUCGGCAAAUCAUCACUGAUCUCCUAAGGAACGAACUCGGUUUCAAGGGUAUCAUUUGCACCGAUUGGGGCCUCGUCACAGAUGCAGUCGUCAGAGGCCAAGACAUGCCCGCUCGUGCCUGGGGCGUGGAACACCUUACUGAGAUCGAGAGAGUGCACCGUUUGAUUGAAGCCGGCUGUGAUCAACUAGGGGGCGAGUCUCGUCCAGAGUUGAUCGUGAAACUUGUCCAGGAUGGUAUUGUUCCCGAGUCCCGAAUCGAUGUCUCGGUUCGUCGCCUCCUGACCGAUAAAUUCCUCCAGGGGCUAUUCGAGAACCCCUUCGUGGACGUUGAGGCUGCUUCAGCUAUUGUAGGCUGUUCGGAGUUUUAUGAUGCCGGCCAGGAUGCACAACGCCGCUCUAUUACGUUACUGAAAAACACCAACGACCUCCUCCCAUUGGCGUCGGGCCUGAAACAGAAAGUUUACAUUGAAGGAAUUUCGCCAGACCUUGUUCGGACCAGGGGCUUGAUUGUUGUGGAAGCCUUGGAAGAGGCUGACUUUGCCCUACUACGCCUCCGAGCACCUGCUAAGCCACGUUCUGGAGGAUUUGAGGCGCACUUCCGUUCCGGGCCUAUCGAGUUCGAUGAUGAAGACAAGUUACGGCAAUCCAGCAUCUUCCGAGCCGUUCCUCUCACAAUAGUUGAUAUUCACAUGGAUCGUCCGGCAGCAAUACCUGAAAUUUCCAAAGCGGCCAACGCGUUAUUGGUCAACUACGGCGCCAGUGAUGAAGCACUCUUGGAUGUGCUUUUUGGUGUUGCCCAACCUGAAGGCAAGCUUCCUUUCGAUUUGCCCUUGUCAGAGGAAGCAGUGAGGUCAUCUCGCUCUGACAUGCCUUUCGAUACGAGAAACCCGAUCUUUCGCUUUGGAGAUGGACUACAAUACAAACCCUCGAGCUAUGCAUCACUGGCAGAGGAAGAAUCCCUGUAG